UGGACCCGGGUCUGGGACCCCCUUGUCGGCCCCGCCGCCGCCGCCGCCGCCGCCAGCCACGACAAGGGACCCGAAGCGGAGGAGGGCGUUGAGCUCCAGGACACCGGGGAAGGGCCCGGGGCCGAGGAGCAGACCGCGGUGGCCAUCGCCAGCGUCCAGCAGGCGGCGUUCGGGGAGCACAACAUCCAGUACCAGUUCCGCACAGAGAAUAAUGGAGGACAGGUAACAUACAGAGUGGUCCAGGUGACGGAUGGCCAGCUGGACGGCCAGGGAGAUGCGACGGGUGCUGUGAGCGUGGUGUCCACUGCCGCCUUCACCGGGGGCCAGCAGGCCGUGGCUCAGGCCGUGAUCCAGAAUCCUUUCAGCAAUGGGGGCAGCCCGGCAGCGGAGGCAGUCAGUGGGGAGGCCCGCUUUGCCUACUUUCCCGCCUCCAGCGUGGGGGACGCCACGGCAGUGUCUGUGCAGACCACAGACCAGAGCCUUCAGGCAGGAGGCCAGUUCUACGUGAUGAUGACGCCACAGGACGUGCUGCAGACCGGAACGCAGAGGACGAUCGCCCCUCGGACCCACCCGUACUCCCCGAAAAUGGACGGGACGAGGACGCCCCGAGACGAGAGGAGGAGAGCGCAGCACAAUGAAGUGGAGCGGAGAAGGAGGGACAAGAUUAACAACUGGAUUGUUCAGCUCUCCAAAAUCAUUCCAGACUGUAACACAGACAACAGCAAGACCGGGGCGAGUAAGGGAGGGAUCCUGUCCAAGGCCUGCGACUACAUCCGAGAGCUGCGCCAGACCAACCAGCGGAUGCAGGAGACUUUCAAGGAGGCCGAGCGGCUGCAGAUGGACAACGAGCUCCUGAGGCAGCAGAUCGAGGAGCUCAAGAACGAGAACGCCUUGCUCCGUGCCCAGCUGCAGCAGCACGGCCUGGACAUCGUCGGGGAGGCGUCCCGGCAGUGAUGCUCCCGCCCCUCCCCUGGGGUCCCCGGGGGAGGAUUCUGGCCCCCCACCCUUAGCACAGAGAGGGAGAGAGUCUGCCCCUCCCCCAGCUGCAUUUUUUAUAGUAGAUUUUUAACAAAAACGGGGAGAAAAAAGCAUUUCCAUGAAUACAGAAACACC